GUCAUGUGCUGUUUACUACAAAACAUUUUUAAAAUUUUCGUCUUUACCAUUGCGGCUUUUUUGAAUUUGUUUAUAACUGCUCAAUUACUCUUGCACUUUUAUGAAAUUAGAAACGGAACCGAAGCUCUGAUUUCCAGAAUGGAAAACUAUUUCAAUGUUUGGACUAUCCAUAUCUGGUGUGGAACUUUGAUGACCGUACUCAAGUUAAAGGUUUGAAAUAUAAUAUUAUAUCCGGUUGAUCUCUGUUAUCUGCAAUGGUGGGUUCUAAUGACGUCGGUCUAUAUUUAAGCUGGGUUCGUUCUUUAUUUGUAG